AUGGCAACGACGGUUGACGCGGAGGUUCUUGCUGGGUACAUCACUCUGGCCAACUUAGAAGGCCUGCGAAAGUUUGCACCACCUGAUUUUGACUGGCGCCAGCCUCUCGGUUCUGCAAAAGAACCAGCUCUCGUACUGGUAAUAACCCAAGGGCUGAUCACAGGCAAUCAUGCAAGCCAACUGCAGAUCGCGGAAUGGCUGCUAAAAGCUGGGGCAGAACCAACAUACAAGAUUACACAGAAGCCUGGUUGUUGUCGUGUUUGGAAGGUGAAUCAGAAAGAUACCACCGAACUCAUGGUUCCGUAUGAGGGCCACUCCGCAGUUUCCUUUGCCUUUAGCUGGCUUGGCCAGUUCCAGCUGGGCAAAGGCGGUGCGGACUGGUCGAAAGAGCGAAUUUCGAAGACAUUGUGGGGCUCUUUGCGAGGACGACACCUGGCAAGAAAUCCCAUGGUGCGGAUGUCACCGUGCCGCAAAGUACCGUGGACCUGUGGGAGUCCAUGCGCGACUCGACCUCAUCACACAACGUGA